CCGGCUGACCUUGACGGAGGAGUGCGCAUGGCCUGGCGUCGCUUGCAACGCGCUCCAGGGCAUCCCCCACUACUGCGACGUGGAAAAAGGCCUCGGCGGAGGCUGAGGAGAACGCUAUUUCGGCCGGAGGGUCACGCGAGCCGUGAAAUGGAAGUGAACGCUCCCCCGCAGCAAAAGCUGCGGGAGUGUUGGGGUUGCGUGCCGUGGUCUGAGAGCAGGCCACCGAAGAUGCCGGUGGACAGGCUGCGCUCGUGAUGUUCAGCGGCGAAGAAUAGAGGGAGAGGGGGACAUGGCGGAAACCCGCUGCCUCUCUCUUUCUGUCUCUCGCUGGCGUUAUCAUUUAUUUUCUCGUCUCUGCCCGCACGAAAUCGGGUAGCCGCAUCGCUCCUACGAUUCACCACUAGCUCGCGAGGCUUGCUCCCACACCCAGCGUCCUUUGUCUGCUGCUUGUGCUCCAUGGAAAGCUCUUCGCUAAGCGUGUGGCCCGUCUCGCUUCCCGGAUACUUACCGCACAGACCAUCCGCAUCCCAAACAGGAGCGCUUUAAGCAAGGAACAUCGUGACCGCACUGGGAAAUCGAAGCCAUGUCCCUCAGAGGAAAGUACAAUGGUUCUGCGGCCCCGGACAAUUCGGUGACUGGAAUCGCGACGUCACCUAAGGAACGGGCCAGGAUGCCACGGUAUGGCCCGGACAGUGUGCACAGUUGGAUGACAGCCGCGGCUUGCAGUUUGUCCACGUUCUUCGGUGUAGCCGCCCGCCGGUCAGCUGGCUUCCUGUACGUGGCCAUCCUACACACGUUUCACGCCAGCCGAAGCGAGGCCGCGUGGGCGGUCAUCAUCAUGACCGGCAUUAUAUCGCUAGCAGGACUGAUCUCUGGUCCAAUGGCACACAAGUACACAGCCAGACCCGUGGCCAUCACGGGAGGCGUGAUAGCGGCGUUGGGACUCAUGCUAUGUUUCUUUGCAACGCGAAUUGAACACCUCAUCAUGAGCCUCGGAAUACUCCACGCAAUUGGGAGCGGCUUGGUGUUCGUCGUAAUUCCGACGGUUAUCAACGAGCACUUCGUCCGCUAUAGGGGUCUGGCCAUGGGCAUCAACUUCGCUGGCUCCACCAUGGCGACGUUCGCAUUCCCCAAGAUGCUGGAGGUGCUCACGGACACGUACGGCUUCCGGGCUGCCAUGCUGCUGUUUGGUGCCAUCAGCCUCAACUCCGUCGCCUUCAGCCUCUUCCUGAGGCAGCCGGCGUGGUUAAAAAGGCGCAUGGAGGUUCAAGCGAAAGCAGCAGCCGCAGCAGCUACGAUAGCCGUGGAUGCUCAAGCAAUGUGCGACGCUCGCAAUGACUCGCCGGGAGUUGUCAGUGGUGUCUCACCAAAGAAGAAAGCUCGCAGUGCACCAGCAUUAGGCUCGUUCCGGCACGCGCUGACGGUGUUCUCUUGCCCCAUGUUUUACUUGGUCGCCUACUCGUACAUCGCCUUCAUCUUCGCCUUCGAAUGUUACAUCUCGCUUCUGGUGGACUUCGCCACAGACAAGGGCGUCAGCUUUUCUCGAGCCAUCACCAUGCUCUCCAUGAGCUCGGUUGCAGACUUGGUGGGCCGUCUCACGCUACCUCUGGCAGCAGAUAGGGGCUACAUAAGUCGCCAGACGCUACUGACUGUCUCGUUCCUGUGUCUCGGGUCGCUGUUCGUGCUGCUUCCCUUGGCCUCGAGCUACGUCACCGUGUUUGCCUUCGCCACGGCAAUCGCCUUCUGCAUCGGCGUUGCAAUCUGCCUGUUCUCGGUGCUACUGGCGGAAUACGUGGGCCUCGAUCGUGUCUCCAUGGCCUACGGCAUGGUGUCAGGAUUAUCCGGUGUCACGUCGCUCUUCAAGCCAUUGAUAAUCGGUUAUUUCAGGGACGUCGUCGGGGCAUAUGACAAGCUCUUCAUAAUCUGUGGAUCUGGAGUCAUCCUGGGCGGUCUUAUUUGGAUCACUGUUCGCCUAGUAGACAUGAGCAAGCGGUUCAGGCGAUGGGAUCUUGGCGAUUCUGAGAGCAACAUCACUGUACAAGUUCUUUCUGUUCUACCAAAGUAUACCUGCAAUGCAACAGAACUUCCCCCUAUGUACUCUCUUUGACAAGCCCAGUGCAUGUCGUGCACCAGUGCGACUUCACUCGGCAUACACGAAAGACAAUGUGAAUUUUUGUGCCACCCGAAGAGCUUCGUGUGAUUGCUUUGCCCACUUGAAUGCUAUGAGACCCCUGGAUUGAACACAAGUUCCAACCGCCACACUCAUUAUACAUCAUUUUUUAAGAGCUAGCUUUGUGUGGUUUCUCCCCUAUUUUGGCGAUCUGUCAGUUUCUGUUUGUUUGCUGUCGGCUUCGUCAACACUGGAUUUCACAAUGUGUUUCUAGGCGCCGAAUGAAAGUACCACCGGACGGCACUAUAUAACGAUUUUAUGAUGACUAAGUAUGGUGCACCCUAGGUCUACGCUAGGGAAAAUUAAUUCCUACAUAAAACCAGAACGUAUAAGGUCGGCUCACAGGCAUUUCUAAAGCAUAGCCAUCGGUUAAUAGUAUGGUAAAAUAUAUUUAAGAGACUCUUCUAGUUACUCGUUUUUUUAUUGAGCCAUUCAGUUAGUGCUUUUUGGGUGUUAGCACGUUCUUUGCCAAUUUUCGUGACUGCGCAAGUCCUACUGCGAUUCCAACAUAAAACUCAUCAAAGUAAACCAAACCAAAUCACUCUUAAUGUUCCAUUACAUAUGCACCACGAAUUAUUAGAAUAAGUCACAGGCAGUUAACAGAAGAAAAUGUCACGCAACAAAAAAGAAGAAAGAAGGCAUGGCUAUUUAUUGAUGACUACUGUAAAAAGCAAGAACCAUGUACCUAUUUAAAUAUCUUAUAUUUACUUCUAUGUUAUGUGUGGGUAUGUCUCCGUUACUGAUAUAAUGUGUUGAGGGAUGUUUAGAUUGCUAUCGCUUGCAAAGCAUAGAACGCACUGUUUACUCUACCAGAACGUUUUAUUUGCGAUUUCCGUAUAUACAGUCAACAUUUAAUCACGAAACAAAUUUUGUAAUAUAUGCAGACGCAGACAAACAAAGUAUGUGUGGGAGAGUUACGUGUAGUCCGGUGGCAGAGCUGUACCUUCCCUAGUUCUCAGGAUAUGGCAAUUUUUUUUUUGUACAAAAUGUAAUGCAGUCCACGUACUAGGAAACCAUGAAUACUCUAUUUUAGUGUUCGUGGUUACUGCUCUUGGUUUGUCACUAUCGCGAAAUAUAAAGCAGCAGUAAUAUGUCAUUAACAUGUGUUUCCUUAAUAACUCUGUCUUGUUGAAAUGCUGUUUUAUGCUGUUCAAAUGAGAAAUUUGGCUAUUAUCUUCUGGAGGACUUCUAUACUCAGAAUAGGUUAGUAAAUAAGUCUUAUCGAUACGCAGCAUUAACAGCUACGGCGCAUACUGGCAAUAAAGCAGCGCGUCCAAACGAAUACACUCGUUCGAUAAUAAAAAACAGCAACAAACUGCUGCAUACUGAAGUAUAUGCGAAUGCACGAAAAUAUAUAGCAUCCGCCGUAGAACUCCAUGAAUAAGUAGGUCAAUAUAGCACCUAGGGUAGGGCGCGGCAAAAUUAGACACAAGGCAAGACGCGUCAUUUUGAACUUACCGCUCUCUAUACUCUAACUGCGCCAUGCAAGUGGCGCGAUAUUGUGCAUACAGGUGUUCCUCCAUAUCUAGUUUACUUGAGUAGAAAACUGCUGUGAUGUACGACAGACAUCAGAGCGAAAACUGCCGAUCGAGCGACAGUGUGGACGAAGUCCCACAAAUAAGGACAGAUAUUUCCUCACUUAUUUAUUCUAACAAUUAGGCAGCAGUCCCCCGUACUGUUCUCAAUCAAUAGAAGAAUUUGUUAAAAUUUUUUCCAUCACGUGCUGAAGUUUCGCGAAGUUCUUGCUCGGUGCAUUCUAAUAUUGCCUUUGGCAGUAGUGUUUCAGCAAUAUAAUAAGAGAGCGAAAAACGCAUCACAGCGAUCUUCGUGAGUUCUGAUAUAAUAUUGAUGUAUACCUUUAUUUGGGGCUACUCAAUACCAUUUCUGUCGUCUUGUAUGGUCGUGGCGCACGAGGGAAAGCCAUUCAGGGCUGCUUUGGACAAAAAUGACCCGCAUUGAGCACAUGAAGCCAUUCACCAAAGGAUCUGCUUUAUUCCAACAGCGACAAAGGCUUUUCAUAUGCCAGCCAGGCGUUAGUGAAAGUACGUUGACUCUACUGAACAUGAUAAAAGAUGCCAUGAAAUUUCUCUAGAACCGAGAGUCAAAAAGGGUAAAGCAUGAAAUAUAGAGGUGAGCGCCAUUAUCACUGCAACUCCCUACAAGGCGAUAUCAGGAGUCUGGCACGCCCAGAAAAUGAGACAACAAUUUAAACGAAAUAUCACCACCGUUUUGAAGAUUUGCAUAAUUUUGCACUGCCUCACCCAACGUGCAAACGACACACACACACACACACACACACACCCUUCUGCAACACUUUGAGCCAUUGGUAGGCAAACGCAGGAGUCGACUCGUUAGGCUCGGGCGAACCCAUAAAGGUUAGUUUUAGUGAGGCUGAGUGAGUUCCAGUGUUGUGAGUCUGAGUCAGUCGAGCUGACUCCGAGUAGGCGGGAGCAUGAGCGAAUCUUGUUGAGUCGGGCAGGGCAUGCGCAGGGGAACGAUUAAACAGUAGCCGGUGCAAUUAUCGUAAAUUUGGGUACCUCUGACUUGCGUAUGAUUGUAUUUGCUUCGGAAUGCAUCAAACUGCAUACAAUGAUGACUCCAUAUAAUUUAUAGCGUACAUAGUUUUCUAUUUACCAGUGGUUCUCUUUGAAAACUAAGCAUGCGUGACGACAUGCCGACAAUAAAGUCAUGUAUGUCUAAUAAACGAAAGUACAGAAAUGUAAGGUGCCAGUA